AUGUCGACUGCUGUUGAACAAACACCCGAAGAAUGGAUCGCCGCUUACCUCACAGCGAUAUCCAUUAUCCUCGCCAAGAUUAGGACCCUCUCCGAUAUGAUCGCUAUGAUCCAGAAUGAGUGGUCCGAAAAGGAGCAAGCCGUCUUGUUCGGAAUGGACAGCGAAGGCAGAUUUCUAUGCAACUCUGAUGAGGUCCUCAUAAUCCAUGGAAUGGCUCUGGAAUUUUCCUCGGCACUGGUCGAGCAUUCCGAGCAAGUUACCCAGAUUUUCGACCAUGUGGAGGGGAUGGUCCAUCGCUUAACAGACUCCAUCAAGUUCUUGUCCACUCAUGCCGAAGGGGAGAGACAAGACGAGCGGAUCAAGUGGAUCGAAUGUGUCGAGCGGGAUUCUAGGGUCAUCGGUUAUUUGCUUUCAGAAGUUGACAAGCUGUCUGAGGCCGCCAUCAGGCACGAUGAGCAGUUCAAUCACCGCUUGGAUCGAAUCAUUAACCGGACCGGUCUCCCGGCCUCACUGUAG